AUGGCCGACCCACGAUUCGAGGAGAUCGUUCAAAGCAUGUCGCUGAUGCCCACAGAAAUGGCCCACGCGAUUAUCGAUGAUCUUCGAGUUCUGGAUGUGCUCAAGUUGCUGGUAUAUGACGAUCCCAUGGUCACUGCUGCGAUUUCUUCGCACCCAAGCUGCCAAGCCUUGUUCGGCGUGGCCCCCAACACGUUCUGCGAAAGAAAAGAACUGAUCCAAAAUUACUGGAACCUGGCCGGUAGGAUUGGAAUCAAUUUCAACACAUGCUGGUACAGAUCAGUUAUUGCGCUCAAUGUCAGUUAUAUCAAAUCGGAACCUUUCGACUCGAUCACCAACGACCUUCACGCUCGCCUGUUCACGUAUACCAAGAGCCAAGCCGACGUGAUAGAUCUGAAUCGUUACGUCGUUGGCUCCAAGCGUAUUUCGCACAUUAUAUCUACUGCGUCUUUCGAGCAGCUCGAGGAAUAUUGUACAACCGUGCAUGAGGCUAAAGUUCGCUUUUUCCAACAAGCCUCGGGCCAGCUGCGCCGGGCGUGUACUUUAUUGGAAGACAACCCCGAUCUCUUGAAACGCACUCUGGACCCGGAACAAGAACGACGUCCUAAUAUCACACACCUGACCUCCAGGAUGAACCUCAUUGCCGACAAAAUUGCUAAGAGCGAUAUGCAAAAAUUGGUACACACCGAGCACUACCGCUACAUCUUCUACCCGUUGACUCCGUUCGACUCCGCUUUGGCAGAGUUGCUUCGCAUGAUGGAUGAUUUUGAUAUCACCACCGGCAGUGUCUUAUUGCUCAACAAAGACGGUUCCUCGACUCAUGGACAUCAGCAUUCCCCGGAGAUCUACCGACUGGUCCGUGUCGUGAUUGAUGGUAUGGCCCAUCAUCACAUAUUCUGGCCCAAAGAUCCAGACCGGUUUGGGCAAAACCAAGUCGAGAAUGAGGAAGGCGAUACCUUCCGAACAGGGAAUACUCCUUGGUCAGAGCAACCCGACUUGAUAUUGGAUGAGCCGGUGGAAGGACCGUUUUUCACACCCCACAAAUCCGGUACAAAUGCACAGUGGGUUCGGCCCUGGGAAUAUGCUGGGCGUGAGCCGUUUGACACCAAAGAGGAAGAAUGGGUGACGUCUUUCGUUCAGCUAUAUCGAUACCUAGAAAAAUUGGGGGACAAGCCAAACACUGUGGAAUGA